AUUUGCAAGACUGCAGCCUGAGGUCAGAGGAGGUGAAAUAAUACUAUGGAGACUAUUGGAAAAUCAAGUGCAUACUCAAGGGUGCAAUUACACUGAAUAGAAAAGAAAAGCUAUGGUGUAGCACAGUGGUGUUCAAACAGAUUCUGAGUUUACUUCGGUUUUUAAACCUAUAAAACAGAAGCAUGCAGUUUUGUGUGUGCAGCUUUGUUUGUGUCAUUGGUCCGUGUGCACAAGCAGAAUGUGUGCAUGAAUGAAGACACUGAACAGAGGUAGAUUUCAAUAGAAGUGUUCUUUUAUGAUCACCAUCAAAGUAAACACGGUUUUAAAAUAACGAACAUUGAUUCUUUAUUUCUCAAACUGAAUAAGAAUCCACUGACCUCAUUUUAAGCCAGACUUGUUUGCAUGCUGUUGAAGCUGACACUGUAAUUUAGAGCUGUUCAGAUCCUGUCUCUCUAUAGUUAUGUCACUUAGUGCAUAUUGCUGAGACUAUAGCUUCUGUGUUAAAAAGCCCUGCUGCAUUGGACUAUUUCUUUCUUAACCCUGUAAAGCUAGACAUAUGAAAAGAAUGUUUUACACACUCAGAAAUAGAGCAUUUUAUUGAACUCUAGCCGAAAUAUAAAAAGACGAAUUGUAAAAAUGUUUACGCAUGUGUUUUUGAGUAUCGUAUUUGAUACAUCAGGCUUUUAUGAUCCAAUUGGUAUGAUGAUAUAGGAGAAUAUGAAGCUCAGGAAAAAAAAAAAAAUCACACUUUUCUUUUUUUUUCAGAGGACCAAACUGAGUGAAAAUAUGCAAUUUGGUGAUUUGCUGAUAUUUAUUUGGUCAAGACGUAAGAUACAAUUCUUAUAGUUUAUAAUGUAAAUUAAUGAGAUUUGUAUCAGAAAUAUCACUGUAGGCCUAUAUCUCAUGUAUAACUCAUGAGGGCAAAACAUAUAAUACAAUGCAAUGAUGAUUUAAAGAUGUACACAAACAUUCUUCAAAAGCCAGAUGUAUCAUAUUUGAUAUAUUUAACAUGAUUUUUCUAAAAAAAAAAACAAAUAAAAAAAGGAUAAUCAAGCAAACCUAAGUUGCUACAGUCCAAUAAAUGUUCAAAUAUUACUAACAAUAUUAGUUAUUCUUACCUUUACUUAAUAUAAAUCAGUGAAGAUGCCACAGCAAAAAGACACAUGUACCCCAACCUUAAAGGGGGCAUACCACACAUAGUUUCAACCAAUCUCAUGUUAAUCUUGAGUACCUAUAGAGUAGUAUUGCAUCCUUCAUAUCUUCAAAAAGUCUUUAGUUAUAUCAUAUUUAUAAAAGAAAGAUACAGCUUUAUGAUUCUCUCCGAAAAAAGCCGAGCUCCUGGAGGUGCGCUGUGGGCGGAGCUAAAGAGUGACGAUCACUUGAGCGCCAAUUGCCAACAAGACAGAGACAUUUGAUGCCGUUUCACUUACCUUCUGCAGUUCUGAAUCAUGGCCGGGAUUUUAUAGCUGGGACCGCUCCAUCUUUCAGUAUCAAACGAUGUGCGAAUCCAGCGUCGAACUGGGCCUUAUUUAUAAAACGUUCGUCAACAAACACACUUGAGAAACUCCGUUGCUGCCCCAGAAAAACCAACUGCAUCCACUGUUGGGAUCUUCGGGAAGCUGAACAAGGUUAUCUUUCCCUCACAACUAAAAAUACACUUCUUUAGAGACAUUCUUUCCGAGCGAGUCCUGUGCAGUGCAGCCGAAUGAAGCGUGCUCUUUCUCUCGCUGUGGUCGAUGCGUGCACGGGCGCGUUCUUCCAGGAGAAAUGCCCAUAUAAGGAUCCACCCUCGUUUACGUCAUCAAGAGCCACGAUCGAAAAAAAAAACUCUCCGAAACUUGUACGAACCUGGAUGUAAGAUUUUUGUCACAGAAAUACUCUGUCAUACCUCCAAAUUGUUUUUUGAAACUUUGUCCAUGCUUAGCAUGAGAAUCCAACUCUUUAACAGUGUAAACAGCGUUGUACCCCCUCUUUAAGGUGGAUUUAUUCAGAAAUAGACAAAAAAAAAUGUACUUGCUAAAAGAAAUUAUAUAUAUCUAUAUAUAUAAUCUCUCUCUCGAGUAUUACCCGUCAGUGAUUUAGUCAAGUCCAGUCAGGUGAACCUGAAAACAGCCUAAUUAAGGGCUUUUUCAUUCAGACAAACUCUUAACUAAUCCAUUUUGAAAAUGUUGUUUUGCACAUGCCUUGGAUAAUUUUAUACAAUUUAAAAAAAUAAUUUGGUAAAAUUUCUGCUCAGGGAAGCUCACGAUUCUUUGAAAAAUAUUGAAUUUAAUUGGCGCAUCAUCAAAGAAUGAGUCACGACUGUUGCUUCAGCCUCACACUGUGUUCAGAUUUUCAGGGAGAGCUGUAUACAUUUUCUCUCUCUGUAUUGCUAUGGGGAGGUAGACAGCAACAGUGACUCCACGACUUCUCAUGGAGCAAACCACUGACGGACAGAAGGGGACGGGUGUAUGCAGUCAGCCGUGGGAUUUGUCUGUUUUGAAACCUCAUCGCUCUGCCGCUGGUCUCCUCUACGAGGGCCUCUCCCUCUCUCCUGUUGAGCUGUGCCCUAUUAGCUCACAUUUAUGAGACGAAUUUUCUUUUUUCGCCUGGCGUGAGCACUGAUAAGAGUGUGUAAACAAUACUUUUCAUCCCCUCUCCUUCAGUGCAUGGUGGUCUCUCCCUCUCGCUCAGUGACAUACGUUGCUGUUCUGUCUGCGCGCGAGGUGAUUAGUGUAGCUCUCGACGAGAAGGAGCCCCGCAUCCUGGGAAAUGGCAAGACACGCAGCCAUAGCUCAUGCUGACAGAGGGGUUAGCGCAACUGUCGUGGACCGUUCUCUGACCGGACAGGCUGAGUUGGCCAACUUCAUAGGUGACAGCUGAGCCCUGCCUCAGGUGUGCAUAUGCUGAAAAUGAGUGCUGCAGGGGAGAAUGCCCUUGACCCAAACACCCCAGAGUCACGGAAGAGGAAGGGCUCUCCAUGUGAUACCUCUGGUCCCAGUGUGGAGAAGCGACGGCGGGAGCUGGAAUGCCGCUACAUUGACGAACUGGCUGAGUUACUGUCAGCCAACAUGAGCGACAUUGCCAGCUUGAAUGUGAAGCCGGACAAAUGCCACAUCUUAAAGAGCACCGUGGACCAGAUCCAGCAGAUCAAACGGCGCGAACAGGAAAAAGCAGCUCUGAUGUCUCCAGAUGAUGAAGUGCAAAAGAGUGACAUAUCGUCCAGCAGUCAGGGCAUGGUGGAGAAGGAAGCCCUUGGGCCACUUCUCUUGGAGGCCCUGGAUGGCUUCUUUUUCGUCGUGAACCGCGAGGGGCGCAUUGUGUUUGUGUCUGAGAAUGUCACCGGUUUUCUGGGUUAUACCCAGGAAGAGCUGAUGACCUCCAGCGUCUACAGCAUCCUUCAUGUGGGUGAUCACAACGAGUUUGUGCGCAACCUGCUGCCCAAAAGCCUUGUAAAUGGUGUGCCAUGGCCUCAGGAGCAAGGCCGAAGGAACAGCCACACGUUUAACUGCAGGUUGCUGAAAAGGCCUCCAGACGAGGUGGACGCAGAGAACCAGGAGGCCCGUCAACAGUAUGAGCUCAUGCAGUGCUUCACGGUCUCUCAGCCCAGAGCGGUGCAGGAGGAGGGCGAGGACCUGCAGAGCUGUUUAAUCUGUAUAGCAUGCCGAAUGCCCCGUCCACCUCAGAUCCCUGUCAGUACAGAGUCCUUCAUCACCAAGCAGGACCCUACAGGGAAAAUCAUCUCUAUUGAGACGAGUGCUCUGAGGGCCACAGGCCGACCAGGUUGGGAGGACCUGGUCAGGAAGUGCAUCUACGCAUUCUUCCAGCCUCAGGGCAAUGAGCCCUCCCAUGCCAAGAAGCUGCUUCAUGACGUGAUGACCCACGGCACGGCCAUCAGUCCUCUGUACCAUUUCACACUCAGUGACGGGACGUCCCUCAGUGCGCAGACACGCUGCAAAUUCUGCUGCCCCCCAAACCCAGAUGUACAGCCCUUCAUCAUGGGCAUUCACACUAUAGACAGGGAACACAACACUGCUAGCUCUCAGGAAAACACUACCCCCAGCCUUCCAUCUCCUGCUGCCCCACCUUCCCGCUCACCUGCCCUGCAGCCCUCCAGUGACCUCAGCCUCCAUCUCAACAACAGCAAUGGCACCUGUGCCACUCCUGGACCCCCCACACCCACUCCACCAGGCUACCUGACGCCCAGCCGCGUUGGGCCCUCCCAGCAGGUCAGCAGCCCCUCUCCACUUGGCAGCCCUCUCACAGCCACCCCUACCUCAUUCAUGUCGCCCCGACCUCCACGGGGCAGCCCGGGCUUGGCCAGCAGCCCACGUGUGCCCGGCCAUCCUUUUUCCCCCUCGGCGCCCGGCAUCCACUCGCCCGCUGGCGGACUGACCAGGCAGCAGUCUGGCAGCGACAGUGUCAGUUUCUCUCUCCCCUCUCCCUUACCCCCCAGACAGACUCCGACCCCCAGCAGCUCCCCGGUACGUCAGCCCCCGGCCAAACCGCCAGAAACAUCCGCUGAUGAGCCUAAGGCCUCUGCGGUGGGCAACCCCAAACUUAACCAGCUCUUGGAUGGUGCCACCGAACAUGACUCCCAACCCCGUCCCGUGCCCGUGGCACAGUGUCCGGCUUCUCACAGCAGUCUGACUGAGCGGCAUAAGAUUCUGCACCGCCUGCUCCAGGACAGCAGCCCUGCAGAUGCGGGUAAGGAGCCUGACAUCAAGAAAGAGCCUCCGACCAGUCCCAACGCGGCCUUGAUAGCACGGGGACAUGGGAAGGAGCCCCAGGACCACCAGCUGCUACGCUUCCUUUUGGAUACGGAUGAAAAGGACCUGGAGGACUUGCCACCUCCGGCCACCCUCAGCCUCCAUACGGUCAAGGUGAAGGCAGAGAAGAAAGGGAGCAGAGAGAAUGUGCCCUGCUCUGCUGCUGCUGCCACCACCACCACCGUGUCUACAGUCCCUUGCUCGCCUCAAUCCAGUGACAAGCCCAGUCCGCAGUUUCCCAGUACCGAUCUGGACACUUUGAACCAGCUCUUGCCCACUUUGAGAAACUCUGUGGGAGGUAAAGCAGUAGAGGAGCCAGUGCUUGUCCAGCCUAGUGAGGACAACCUUUCCAUCGGGUUGAAUGUAAAGAGAGAGUCACCAGGAACAUCAAGCCAAGCAUUCCCUGAUGGAUCAAACCUCUCAAAUCAAUCCUCUUUUGAGUUCUGUGAUCCCUCCACACCAAACCAGGGUCAGGUCCAGGUGCCGGAUCUUGGGCAGACAGACCCGUUUCAGCCACCCAAGGAGAGCAGCAGCCCCUUUGCCAAUCCAACCAGCCUCAACUCUUUCAACAACAACACAGGUCUUGCCAAACUGGAGCUUCCUGAGUCUCAGCAGUUCCAGCCUUUGUCCCUGGUUGAACCAAUGGCCUUCGAUAGCAGCUUGGGUAACCAGACACAGGCCCCUCUGUCCUCUCCUCAAGACAGGCAGUGUGUUCCGUGUCCGCUGGAUGAGAUGCUGUGUCCGCCCACCACUCCCGAGGGCUGUAACGAUGAGAAGGCCCUGCUGGAGCAGCUGGUCACUUUCUUGAGCCGCACUGACGAGAGUGAGUUGGCCGAGCUGGACAGAGCGUUGGGCAUCGACAAGAUUGUUCAAAGUGGAUGCCUUGAACCUGUCACCCAGAACUUUCCUCAGUCUCAACCUCCAAAACCUGUACCCAUGGACCCCAAGCUGCCCAGCUACCCCUCUCAGUUCCCCACCUCACCCUCACAGUUUCCUGCUGAGAUGGGCACAGCACAGGGCAUGAGUUUCGGGGCCCCACGGAUGGCGUUUCCAGGCAACGUGGGCAUGACGGUGCGGCCCGGCAUGAAUCGAGCUCCUGGUGUGCCCAACCAGCUGCGGCUACCUCCCAACCAGCUGAGACUCCAGCUCCAGCAACGUUUGCAAGGCCCGCAGCAGCUCCAGAACAGGCUUGCGGCCAUGGGCCAGUUCCCACAAGGGGGGCAUGUUGCCAUGGGGAUGCGUCAGGGCAUGCAGCAGCCUCAGAUGCCCUCUCAGCCUCCGCUCAACGCUCAGAUGAUGGCUCAGCGGCAACGGGAGCUUUAUAGUUUCCAGCACCGCCAGCGGCAGCUUCUGCAGCAGAAGGUCAUGCUGAUGAGGCAGGGGAUGAACACAGGACCUCUGGGGGCUCAGCGAGUUCCUAAGGGCCCCCAACAGCAACAGCCGCCACCACAGCAGCAGCAGUUUGGAUUUCCUCCAGGCUACAACGCUGUGCCUGGAAACACCCCUACCUCCCCGAGCCAUUUUAACCCCAUGGGAGGACCUCUGGACCCCAAGCUGCCUGCCAGGGGGGGCAUGGGAAACCAAGGCAUUAUGGGAAGCAUUCAAGGGCAGUUUGGGGGGCCUGUGAACACUCCUGUUCAGCAAGGGAUUUUCCAGCAAUUUGGGGGGUCUGGCAUGAUCCAGCAAGCAGAUCCAUCCUUCGCUCCUGAGCUUAGUCCGACCAGCCCCCUGCUUUCACCUCAGAACUCCACCUCCCAGAGUCCUCUGCUCCAGCAAGCGCAGCCUCCACCUGGUUAUCAGUCACCUGACAUAAAGACCUGGCAGCAAGGGGCCAUGGGCAACAACAGUAUGUAUAACCAGGCAGGCCAACCUGUCUCUCAGAGCUUUGGGCAGCAAGGCGUGUAUAACAACAUGAGCAUCACCGUGUCAAUGGCUGGAGGGUCAGGAGCGGUGAGCACUCUACCUCCUAUUGGACCAUCUGUCGGAAUGGGCAACAAUAACCUUGGCAACGUCACUUCAAUGUGUAAUGAUCAGGUACAGCAGGUUCAGGUGUUCGCUGAUGUCCAGUGCACGGUAAACCUGGUGGGCAGUGACUCCUACCUUAACCAGUCGGGGCCCAUCGGGUCCCAGAAGGGCCCAAGCGGGACCCCCACAGCCCAGUCUCAGCAGAAGAGCCUCCUCCAGCAGCUCCUGACCGAGUGAGCCGCCCACCGUCUGCCAGAGGGCUGUCUCCACAUGUAGAGAUUUUUAUUCUUCACCUUUGGUUUCUAUACAGUAUAUCUGCAGGGUCGGUGUCUGGGCCCAGGCUUGUGAGGUUUCAUAGCCGUUCAACAAAGUGCUCAUUCCUGGUCACCUUUUUAAACGUCUGUUUCCGGAAAGGAGAAAAGAUCACGUUCCAGAAUUUGCCAAGUCUGUAAAAAAAAAAAGAAAAAAAAAAGGACCUGCUGCUUCAGCCGGCUACACGUCCUGUCGGUCAGGCCAACGUUGCAGUGCUUCUUGGAGAGCAGCGCAGCAGCUAAGCUCGGAUUGGUCGGAUUGGAAACUGGGGCAGGCUGUGUUGCUAUGUUCAUGGUAUAUUGCUCAGUUUCAGCUGGAUCUGUGACUGAUAGGCUCUCCUCAGCAGUGCCUGAUGAUGGGAGGAAUUUCCCACCUCUUUUUAUUUGUUAGUCUGUUCUGUUUGUUGCCUUUUUUUUUUCUUUUUUUUUUUUCUUUUGUUCGUUUGUUUUUCUGUUGUCAUUUUCAGAACAAGCAUCGCCAGGAUGGGAGACUGCUCUGUAGUGCGUAUCUGUCUGCUGCAGGCUUUCCUGGCAACACUGUUUUGAAACAGCAGACGUUUUUUUUAACAAUGUCCUACACAUUUCCCCCCCUCAGCAGCUGUGAAUACGAGCCACUUAGGGUCAACUCAGCCUAUCAGUGUUGUUUGCGGUGACGUGUUGUGCAGGUUGGUAUUAUUGUACAGCACAAACGGACAAAGUUGGGACAAGCUCACACUUUGUAAUUUCCUUUAAAACCGAAACAUCAUCAAAUUACAGGCAACUCUUGUUUCGAACGCAUCAACUUAACACCAGUUCCUUUUUAACGGCUUUGAGAAUCUGUAAUGUCACUCUUUGUUAUUUCAAAAAGUAAUCAUCCGGGGGGGGGUCUCGCGCGCUCUCAUGUAUCGAGAUGAGAGAGACUUUAAUUUUUACAAUUGAUAUUGGUUAUCGAACACCCCAGUAAAUGUUACAAACCCUCUGUUGCAUUGCACGCCGGUGCGAAAAUGUAGAUUGUACAUUGAUUUUCAUUAUACAGUUGAGUGUUUCAAGGAUGCUCUUCAAAACCACAGGUGCUCUCUCCCGACUGGAGGAGAGAGGUGUUGUUUUGCGCAACGUCCGCACCGUCAGCUGCAUUCUCCAGCUCUUUGACUGCUCAUGAGACUACUGUUGCCCAGUCAGACACUGUUCAUCAGCAUUAUCCUUUGUUCAUUUACCUACUAGUCAUCCCCGAUCGAUUCGAACCUAAACAUUCGCUAGUUUACAUGAAACGUACAAAUGGAAAACCAAAUUCUUUUUAUAUUAAAUUGACACGCCCACAAAAAGACUCGCUGUGGGCGAAAUUGAUGUCUCACCAUGUGAGCAUGAGGUAUUUCACAAAUCGUGUGACAUAAUUGGAGCACAGCUCAAAAUCGUGUUGCAUGCGCGACCAUCUCUCCUCUCACGUAUUUUCGUUCUCCUUUAAUUAACAGUGUUCUUUUGUUCGUGACUCACUUCGUGGAGUUUAAGUGCCGUGUCUUUGUGUGUGUGCUCUGUAUACAAAGAAUGGCUCUUUUUCUCCAAUGCUACACCAGCUUAGAUUGUCCUUACCGGUAAAUUAAAAAAAAAAGUCAAAUUUCGUGAAGCAGAUUCUCAUUCGUCUAUGAAAUUCAGCCGGCAGUAUGUACUGUUGAGAUCGAGCCACUUUUUGCUAUAUAUAAAUGUACAUAGACAUUACAAAAAGCGAGAUGAAUUGACAAAUACAUAACAUUUACAGAAGGUCGGUCUGUGUUUUUUCACAUUUUUGGCUCAACGAAAAAACACAGAUGUCGUAAUUAAUAAUUUCUGCCCUCCUCUUUGGGGAACAGGCAUUCCUGUAUAGAUAAAAUGGUUUUUAUGCAGUGGAUAAGAUUCAUUUAAUGAACCCUACCUGUCAUCACUACCGUGUUUAUGCCAAAUAUACCAAACUAGCAAACAGCGCCUAUUAAUGAUGUUUUUAUUGUUUUGUUUUCUCGUUUAUAACGGCUCUCACAGUCAGUACACAACAUCAAGGUACAAUAGAACUAUUCAGAACCUGGAUUAUCAAAGUAUUGUGUAUAUAACAGAUAAAUGUGAAUAUGUAUCUGUUCAGAAUCAACAAA